AAAACAAAAACUGCAGCCUGCGGUGGGAGCGCAGAGAUGGAGACCACGCCGCGCAGAAGGUUCCACCCAGACGUUUGAAAUCCCGUAGAUGCGGACGGCGUCGCUGAGCGGAGCAGGGUGCACAGGCUGACCGCUGAGAAGACACAGCCUGGGCCAAGGCUGGUCCCGCCUCCCGGUCCCAGGGGUGGAUAGUGAACCCACAGGACAAUGAGCGAGGAGCCCGCCCCCGAGGCCGCCUCCCCGCCGCCCCCGCAGGGGCAGCACUACUUUGACCGCUUCUCUGAGGACGACCCCGAGUACCUGCGCCUUCGCCACCGCGCGGCGGACCUGCGGCAGGACUUCAACCUGAUGGAGCAGAAGAAGCGCGUGACCAUGAUCCUGCAGAGCCCGUCUUUCAGGGAGGAGCUGGAAGGCCUCAUCCAGGAGCAGAUGAAGAAGGGGAACAAUUCCUCCAACAUCUGGGCCCUGCGGCAGAUCGCGGACUUCAUGGCCAGCACCUCCCACGCAGUCUUCCCAACAUCUUCCAUGAACUUCUCCUUGAUGACGCCCAUCAAUGACCUCCACACAGCCGACCCCUUGAACCUGGCCAAGGGGGAGCGGCUCAUGCGGUGCAAGAUCAGCAGUGUCUACCGGCUUCUGGACCUCUAUGGCUGGGCCCAGCUGAGUGACACUUACGUCACGAUGAGAGUCAGCAAGGAGCAGGACCACUUCCUCAUUAGCCCGAAGGGAGUUUCCUGCAGUGAAGUCACAGCAUCCAGCCUGAUCAAGGUGAACAUCCUGGGAGAGGUGGUGGAGAAGGGCAGCAGCUGCUUCCCGGUGGACACCACGGGCUUCUGUCUGCACUCGGCCAUCUACGCAGCCAGACCCGACGUGCGCUGCAUCAUCCACCUGCACACGCCAGCCACGGCCGCGGUGUCAGCCAUGAAGUGGGGCCUCCUGCCUGUCUCCCACAAUGCCCUGCUGGUGGGGGACAUGGCCUAUUACAACUUCAAUGGUGAAAUGGAGCAGGAAGCGGAUCGGAUCAACCUGCAGAAGUGCCUUGGACCCACCUGCAAGAUCCUGGUGCUAAGAAACCAUGGCGUGGUUGCUCUCGGCGACACUGUGGAGGAGGCGUUUUACAAGAUCUUCCACCUGCAGGCUGCAUGUGAGAUACAGGUGUCCGCUCUGUCCAGCGCGGGGGGAGUGGAGAACCUCAUCCUCCUGGAGCAGGAGAAGCACCGCCCCCAUGAGGUGGGCUCUGUCCAGUGGGCGGGGAGCACCUUCGGGCCCAUGCGGAAGAGCCGGCUGGGGGAACAUGAGUUCGAGGCCCUCAUGAGGAUGCUGGACAACCUGGGCUACAGAACAGGCUACACGUACCGCCACCCCUUUGUUCAAGAGAAAACCAAACACAAAAGUGAGGUGGAGAUUCCGGCCACAGUCACAGCCUUCGUGUUCGAGGAGGACGGCACCCCGGUGCCCGCCCUGCGGCAGCACGCCCAGAAGCAGCAAAAGGAGAAGACCCGCUGGCUCAACACGCCCAACACCUACCUGCGGGUCAACGUGGCUGACGAGGUCCAGAGGAGCAUGGGCAGCCCCCGGCCCAAGACCACAUGGAUGAAGGCCGACGAGGUGGAGAAAUCCAGCAGUGGCAUGCCAAUACGGAUCGAAAACCCAAACCAAUUUGUGCCUCUCUAUACCGACCCCCAAGAAGUGCUGGACAUGCGGAACAAGAUUCGCGAACAAAACCGACAGGAUGUGAAGUCGGCGGGGCCCCAGUCCCAGCUCCUGGCGAGCGUCAUCGCUGAGAAGAGCAGAAGCCCGUCUACAGACAGCCAGCUGAUGGCCAAGGGCGACGCGGACACCAAAGAUGAGUCGGAAGAGACGGUGCCCAACCCCUUCAGCCAACUCACUGACCAGGAGCUGGAGGAAUACAAGAAAGAGGUGGAGAGGAAGAAACUAGAACUGGAAGGAGAGAAAGAAACCACUGCAGAGGAGCCUGGCUCACCUGUAAAGUCUGCACCUGCUUCCCCAGCACAGAGUCCAGUGAAAUCGGAGACAAAGAGCCCCGUGGUCUCUCCCUCCAAAUCUUUAGACGAAGGUGCUAAGGAGACAGAAACAAGCAAAGCCACCACAGAGCCUGAAACAAAGCAGCCAGAAGGGGUGGUGGUCAACGGGAGGGAGGACGAGCAGACCGCAGAGGAAAUUCUCAGCAAAGGCUUGAGCCAGAUGACCACCAAUGCCGAUACGGAAGUUGACACCUCUAAGGACAAAACCGAGUCGGUCACCAGCGGCCCCAUGUCCCCAGAGGGCUCACCUUCCAAAUCUCCCUCAAAGAAGAAAAAGAAAUUCCGAACCCCAUCCUUCCUGAAAAAGAGCAAAAAGAAGGAGAAGGUGGAGUCCUGAUUCAUAGCACCCUGGGGCUCCCAUCUGCAUCCUCUCUCCCACCUUCCCUUCUUCCCAUCUCCGCCCCUGGAAGCACAGGGCCAAGGAGGGAUAGAGUAGGACCCUGGACCACACGCUGAUGGGGAACAUAGAGAUCGCCCGACCAACCCCUCAUUUACAAUCGCCCCAGAGAAUCAGGUGACUUUCCAAGGUCACACAGCUAGUUAGUGGCAGAGCCUGCACUAGAAUUCAGGUCUCCUGGCUUCCAGUCCAGUGCUCUUUCUACUACCCAACACUGCCUAGUUGUGGGCUGCCUUUGUGAGGGUGCUGUCCACUGAGCUGAACCUCGGGCAAGAGGGCAAGAGUGGGCCACAAGCUCUCACAGGCUCAGACUAAAAAUCAGGUCAAGGCUUCCCCUGAACAAGGUCCUUUUCCUCAUGGGAACCCAAUCUCCUACUGACGGAGCUAUCACUAUGUUUAGAAAUCUCUCUCCUCUUUUUCAUAGGGUCCCUGCCUUGCUGCUCACAGUAACCAGGCAAAUUGACCUGUCCCCUCCACCAGAAGUUAAUCUUUGUUCCCAAGGACUGAUGGCUUAGCUUGUGCUUCCCCAACCACUAACCUUGAGCUUUCUUCAUGGAACCUCCUGAAUUAUGGAUGGAAGAGUUGUCAAAGUUGGCAGACACAGGGCAAGCCAAGCUGUCCAUGGAAUGGGAGAUAAUUAAUCAGUGUAAGAUGCCAGGAGCUUGACCCAUUCAAAUCGUGUAUCUCAGGAGCUUCCACAGUAAAACCAAAUUUAGCUUAGAAAACAGUUGUCUCAUGCUCAGGGCAGACAUUUGGGGGAAGGUAGGUCCUCGGUUGGCUUUGGAUUAUAUGAGGAUGAUAAACAAUACUAUCCCUUUCUAGCUUUGCAUGACAUAUGCAGCUCUACCCACCUCACUCUGCCUGGCAGUGAGGGGUCCCCUGACUUUCCCUCAAACCCAGAAGCACUGGUUCAUGGACUAGAACUGGCAUCUUACCCUAGGCACCUUGGCCUUGGUCCCUUUGGAUUCCAACUCAGUCACUCUGGUGGUGAACCUUUCAGGAUUAAUCAGAGAGGCUUAGGUGUCCUUGGCCCUGUCACUAUGUCCAUCCUGGGGCCUAGUAAUGGCCACAGCUAUUGUUUUAAAUGCUAACACUGUCUUUUCAUAUUCUUCCAUGGGGUAUUAAUUAAUGAGCAGUGUUAGCUCCUAAAAAAAAAUAGACAAUCCAUUCUCUUUAAAGCACAGUGUCUUCAAAGGAUAUUUUCCCUCUUUGUCCUGAUUAUUGUAAAAGUAUUUUUGAAAGUUCUUAAUCAUAGUUUUCCAUGUUUGAGCACUUACUGUAUAUAGAGACACUGUGUAGGCUUUAUAUACAUUACAUCCUUUAACCCUCACAUAAUAUGGGUAAGAUUAGUCCCAUUUUAUGGGAAAGGAAACUGAGCCCCCAAAAGGAAAAUUGACAUGGUCCAGGUGGCUUGGCUAGAAAGAUUCAGAACCUGGACCUAAAUCCAAGUCAGCCUGAGUCCAGAGCCUUUGCUCUUAAUAGCCGUGGUGAUCAAAAAAUCUCUAAUCCCCGGGGCGGGGGAGGGGGCGUGGUUUUAGUCCAGGCCCCAUUUUUGUGACUGGUCUCCAUUGUAUAAUGCAGUACUGGAAAUGAAGACAGGAAAUUACCCGUGUUCUCCCUCAUCUGUGCACGUUAAGUUCCUGGUUAACGUGGACUGUGGCCAGGCCAGUGUGGACCUCUGACAAAGGAGAUGCAGGGGACUUCUGGUUGGGCAGGAAAUGCCAUUCAUAGUUGGGUUAUUUCUUGAGAAAAAAGAAAACUGAUAAGACUAAGGAAAACCCAAUGCUGUGUCUCUCCAAUGCAGAUUCCCAACUGCUACCCCAGCCCCCAUGUACCCCUCCCCCUUUCUGCUUUCUGAUUGGGUCUUGUGAUGGACAACCCAAUGAUCAGGGGCACUGAUGCCUCAGAAAAGUCUGUGAUAUAGGAAAUGCCUUUAAAAGCCAAUCCUUUGAUGCCUUCUUUAUAAAAGUAGACUUCACAUUCA